AGAGGGAAGGAGAGGGACCUCCGUCUGGAAACGCUGCUGCCAGGAUGCCGCCGAGGAAGAACGCUGUUCUGCGAGGACCCUUCUCCGAAGCUGCCUGCGUGCUCCCAGAGGACGUGUUCGAGGAAGAUGACUUGUGAAACCCACCAUCACGUCCGUUUCUACGAGGGAACUGAGUGAGGAACGACGACAUGCCUCACCAUGGACGCUUGUUGUGAAGGGACGGCUCUGUCCUCCGAAACGGAAAGAGGAGUGCUGUAAACACUGAUCCUGAACGGGAACUGGGAUUGCAGGAACUGCCUCAGAAUGUUUGUUAAUCCCAGGAGAGUCAGAAAAUGCCAGUUUUUGCAGAUCUUUGCCACUUGCUUCAUACUGUGUCUGAUGAUUUUUUGGGGGCCAUUUGAUAACAGGUUUGUGAGCCAUAUGAAGUCCUAUUCUUACAGAUACCUCAUAAAUAGCUACAACUUUGUGAACAACAGCCUGUCCAUCAACAGGGAUAACUUGGACAGGGUAGCAAGCUACCAGUACUUGAUCAACCACAAAGAGAAGUGUCGGCAGCAGGACGUCCUUCUCCUGUUGUUUGUGAAGACGUCCCCUGAAAACCGACAUCGGAGGGACGCAAUUCGACAAACGUGGGGUAACGAGAAGUACGUUCGCUCUCAGCUUAAUGCCAGCAUUAAAACACUCUUUGCUUUGGGACGACCAACGGGAGCAGAGUUGCAAAGAAAACUUCAGCUGGAAGACCAGAAAUACAGUGACUUGAUUCAGCAAGACUUCUUAGACACUUUUCACAAUCUUACUCUUAAAUUACUCCUGCAGUUUAGCUGGGUGAAUGCCUACUGUCCUCAUGCCAAGUUCAUCAUGUCUGCAGACGAUGACAUAUUUAUCCAUAUGCCAAAUCUUGUUGCCUAUCUCCAAAGUCUAGCACAGAUGGGUGUUCAAGAUCUCUGGAUUGGCCGUGUCCAUCGUGGAUCCCCUCCCGUAAGAGACAAGAGUAGCAAAUACUAUGUGCCAUAUGAAAUGUAUCAGUGGCCCUCUUAUCCAGACUACACAGCUGGAGCUGCCUAUGUAAUAUCAAGUGAUGUAGCAGCUAAGGUAUACGAGGCUUCACAGACUCUUAAUACAAGCCUCUACAUAGAUGAUGUUUUCAUGGGUCUCUGUGCCAAUAAAAUGGGAAUUGUACCACAAUACCAUGUAUUUUUUUCAGGGGAAGGAAAGGCUCCAUAUCAUCCCUGCAUUUAUAACAAAAUGAUGACAUCUCAUGGACAUGUAGAUGACCUUCACCAGCUCUGGAAGGAGGCUACAGAUCCCAAUGUUAGGAGGAUUUCCUCUGGGUUUUUUGGUAGAAUAUAUUGCAAAAUAGUUAAUAUUGUGCUUCUCUGCAAGUUAUACUAUGUGGACACAUACCCUUGUUCAGCUGCAUUCUCUUAAUACUUGAAUAUCUGCAUUGAAGAUCCACUGAGCCAAAAUGGAGCAACAACUCUUUAGCUGUUUAUUCAAAAUGAGGUAAAACUGAAAUGUGAAUAGGUUUUGGAGGGAAAUGGAGGGGGUGGUCCCAACUUCUGUCUGGAAACUGUAAUUUGAAUAGUUCUCUACUGUACUACAGCUUCACACUGUGGCCUGUUCUUAAUCUUCAAGGGAGACAGGUUUGGAUUAGAUUAUCAUUAAAUGAACUAUAAAUGGAUUUGACUUCCAGACUUUGAAAAUAGAGAAAAUGCUGGUUACUUUGAAUUUGUCAGUCUUUCAAUGUGAACUAAGCCCCAUUUUUUUAAAAGAGUUUAUCAAAAUGGUAGAGCUCUCAAAACAAGGACUAACUUCUGACACAAGGAAUGGGACUUCUACUUCAGUUUAAGCCAAUAUAGAGUGAAUAGAAAUAUUCACCAUUUCUGAAUGCUAAACCUGGAAAACAACCCUUGAUCUGUGUAACCUGCAAGCAGUGCUGUAAGUGAAGACCUGCAACAACUUCAUUUCUGAGCUCCCCAAGCGCUUGCAGUGGGGAAGUUGUGUUUGAGCACCCUUUGAUUUGGUUCUUGAAGUAACAUAUGCACCUCAUAACAUAUGCAAUUAGAUUGGGAGUGAGCUUGAAAGAAUCAAAACCUAGUAUUACCUAUGUAAGUGGUUUUGCUAAUCCUUCUCUGCCUUCUGAAAACUGAAGCAGUACAUUCAAAUACUCCAAUGUUUGAUUAGCAAAUAAGCUAAAUCCUGUAAGAAUACCUUUUAACACUGCUU